AUGAAGCGAACAUUUUUGCAGUUAAAGUCGGCAAUGAAAUGUUUAAGUUUAGAAAGUGAAAGAGAAUCUGCUCUCCAAAACUCAAUAUUUACGUCAAAUGAUAAUAAUUGCUUUUGUUUAACCUUCACUUUGUUUGCUUUGAAAAGAUUAUUGAUGGCUUUUGCCUCUAUGCGCAUCUGCCUUCAAACAAAAUUAAAAGAAACAGAUUCAAGACUUGAUUCAGAGUGA